GUGGGUGUCCUUAUCCUGGCAAGUUUAUGUCUCUAAUUUGACAUGAAUUUCACGACAUUUCUCGUAUUUCACAGUGAAAAUGGAUCAGGAGUGUGAUUUACCCGUCUGCUCGGGCGAUGGAGGAGUACAUGGUUUUGGGUCAGGUGGGAGAGGGUGCGUUUGGGAAAGCACUGCUGGUCAGAGAGAAGACGGGUUCAGGGCGCCAGUGUGUGGUGAAGCAGGUCAGCCUGGCCCGGAUGUCCAGUCGAGAAAGGGAAGCAGCCAAAAAGGAGGUGACUUUACUGUCCAAAAUGAAUCAUCCCAACAUUGUGGCUUUCUUCCAGUCAUUUCAUGAGAGAAAUACUCUCUACAUUGUGAUGGAGUACUGUGAUGGUGGGGAUCUCAUGAAGAAAAUCACUUUGCAAAGAGGACAGCCAUUCACAGAGGAACAGAUAAUAGACUGGUUUGUUCAGAUCUGUUUGGGUCUGAAGCACAUUCAUGAUAGAAAGGUUCUGCACAGAGACAUCAAAGCUCAGAACAUCUUCCUCACUCAAGGAGGGACAAAAAUCAAACUCGGAGACUUUGGCAUCGCAAGAAUGUUAAACAACACAACAGAGCUGGCAAGAACAUGCGUCGGUACACCACACUAUAUUUCUCCUGAGAUCUGUGAGAACAGGCCUUAUAACAACAAAACAGAUAUCUGGUCUCUCGGCUGUGUCCUGUAUGAGCUCUGUACACUCAGACAUCCAUUUGAAGGCAGCAGUUUGAGGCAGUUGAUUGUGAGGAUCUGUAGGGGGCACUACACUCCAAUAUCACAGAGUUACAGUGCUGAACUCAGGCUGCUGCUCUCACAGCUGUUUAAGGUCAGUCCACGAGACCGGCCCUCGGUCAACUCGCUGCUGAAACGGCCACUUCUGCACAAACACAUCAGCAAGCACUUGGACCCACAGUUCAUGGAGGAGGAAUUUAGUCACACAGUUCUGCACAGAGUCAAACCUGUAGCACGGCAUGUGAACAAACACAGUGCAGAAGUAUCCAAAGUUACACCAAAGCCUGGUCCAGCAGUAAACCCUGAACAUCCACUGAGCAAGUUACCUCCGAGACCAGAGCGCAGAUGUACAGUAGUCAAGCCUUGGGGCACACGGAGUAAAAAACUGACAGGCCAAGCAGCAGUGGUUGAAGUGAGAAAGGCAGGAGCAGGAACGCCCACUCAAUUUGAGACCAAGCCAAAUGUACAUCUGCAGCACGACAGGCAGCAGCGUGACCAUUGGGUCCAACUGCAGCACCAACCACUUCAUCAACCUCCUCUUCCACCUCUUCUUGCAGCUCAAAAACCCAUAGAGCUGGAGAGGCUGGCCAACAGACCAAAUGCUUUGGAGCCAUACCAACUUGUGGCAGCAGCAAGGGUGGAAUAUCUGCAGAGAAGACAAGAAGCCAACCAGUACAAACUCAGAGCGGAAAAACAGCUGGGUCUGAGGCCAAGUACAGCAGAUGCUGAACGGUACAGAUGCCUUGAUGAGAGAGCCAUUCCACCUCAGCAAGCAGCACAAGACAAAAUACAGGGACAGCAGGAAUAUCUCAGGCAGUUGCAGCAAAUCAGGCAACGUUAUCAGGAUGAGAUCAGGGAGAUGAGGCAGAGAGCCAAUGCUGAGCCAAAUGAAGCAGGUGCAAAACUGAUGGAGCAUCCUACAGAAAAACACACAUAUCCACCCAAUGAACAUCAAAAGCCUACAGAUAUGGAAAAAGCUCUGAAGCAGAUUUUUGAGCAGAACCAGAAAGAGAGGAGAGAGCUGCAGAAAAAAUAUACUGUCAAGAAAGGAGUCAUGUUUGAAAUCAAGCUGGAAGAUGACAGAAUACAGGGUGAAGGAGACAAAGAACCACAGGAAAUGGAUGAAAAGAAUGAGGAGGAUCCUCUGAAUCAAACACUGAAAUUCGAUGCAGAGCUCAAAUUCUGGAGAGCUGCAGAUGCGAUUGAAAUCAAACCUGAAGAAAGAGUUGAGAAAGAAAGGAGUGAAAAAGGAGAGGAGCAUGUGAAAAGAGCGAUUUGGCGACAUGAAGCACCUCAAACUCUUCUGAAUGCUCUGGCAAACAUGGAGGUCUCAUCCACCUGCUCUAUAUAUUCAUCUACACAGGCCAGAGGUACCGAUCAGGAAGAGAAAAAGCAAAGUCCAGAAGAGCGGAGAAAAUGGACAGACUGCCCUCCUAAUACACUCCUUAAUGCUCUGGCUAAGGCACAACUCACCUACUCUACAUUGGGUAACAUGGAAACAGCCACACCAUUUAAUGAAAACAACGCAAUGGAGGAGGUGAGGGGAAAGACGGUUGGAGAUAAAAAAAUAGACAAUGCUGAUGAUGAAGGAGAGAACAACUCUGAUGUGGAGGUGGAUGAGGAGCGUCUGGAGCCCAGAUCAGAUGAUGAUGACACGAACUUUGAGGAGUCGGAGGAUGAGCUGAGGGAGGAGGUGAAGGAUUCCAUAAGAAACCUCUAUCAUGGCAGAGGAUGCCAAGAUAGUGUGGAGGAUAUCAAGGAGGGUGGGAAUCCAGAGCCUUACACACCAGCGGCCCUGGGACAAAGCAAAAAGCCCCUAAACCCAGACGAGGGUCAGCAUUUGGAAACAUCACCAUAAUGAGUUACAGUCUCCUGUUUUAUUGUUGCAAAUGCAUGAUAUCAAUUAAUAAUAGGGAAUUUGUACUGAAAAGAUGUUUACUAGUGAAACAAACAUUACAGACACUGUGACAAAGUAUUAGCACGAAAAGUAUUUUAAUGCAAGUUUAAGAGAGUGCUGGAGUGUAUCUACAGGUUUCUGUGUAAUAGAAAUUAUCAGUAAUGAUGUAGAAGCUGGUGUGUGAGGGUGUGGAAGAACACUCAGAAGGCAGGUGGAAUUUUAGCUGGGCUCAUGUUUAUUCAAGCCACACUUUUUAGCACACUUCCAACAACUCAGCAGAAAGGGGGCCAUCUCAGACUCACAGCUUUCACUCUGUCAAGUUCGAGAGUGUGUGUGUGUGUGUGUGUGUGUGUGUGUGUGUGAGAGAGACAAGCUCCGCCAGCUAUACCACACACCAUACACUCAGUGCGUUUACAUGCACAUCCAAAUCGAGCUACUGUUGGUAAUCGAGCUAAGGGUCCCAGCAGGGGUGCCAGAGCAAUCCAAUCCUACAUGCACACAAGGAAAUUGAGCUAUUGUGUGAGGUACAUUGUGCACCCGAGCCACAGGUGGCGCUACAUGCCCCAUCGUGUUGGUACACUUCCGGUUGUCGUCAUGAAAAAGAGCUAUUCAAGAGUAUACUGUAAACAAAGUUAUCAGUUCCGUGUUCGUUCGUUCUCCUUGUUCCUCCUGACCUCUUCUGCUGCUCACUACUACUACUAUUGUCAUGCCGACCGAGGCUGUUGUGUUUCCCGCUUGUGGUCUCAUCACUCGUCACUUCUGGAAGGGGCAGUGCUGAAGUAAGUAGCUCGACUACGUAGCUCGAUAGGGUUUACAUGCACUAAGUAGCUCGGCUACAAUCGCAUAAUCUAGGUCGCAUAGCUCGAUUACGAGAAAUCCAGUUCGGUUCGAUUUCAGCCGAGCUAAGGUGUUUC